AUGGCGGCCACUUUCCUAGAUCCCAGGCUAAAGAUGCAGUAUUUCAUCGACAAUGGUUGGGAUUGUGGGGGAGAAUCACGAGAUGCCUUUCAACCUCUGGACGAAAAUCUCAUCACAGGCAGAGUAAUGCCAGCGAUACAAUUUGUAUGGAAGAAUUAUAAACAAAUUCCAACUGUUCAAACCAUGAACAUUAAAGCUAUGGAAAAAAGCAAUAGUAGCAAAAACGUCACUUCGUCAGUCUCAACUGGAAGUGGAAAGCGACCAGCAUUCGACCACAGCUACAUCGCCAACGUUCUCUCAAAAAAUAGUUCAGUGGAGAGGUUUGAAAUAGAUGAAAUGGGAGAGUAUGAGGUUGAAAGAACGGAACCGGCAGACUGUGAUCCUCGCGCAGUGUACACUUAUUGGGCUAAACGGUCUUGCCGAUGGCCUCGCUUGGGCCAUAUGGCCAAAGAAAUUCUUAGCAUUCCAGCGACAAGUGCAAGUAGUGAAAGGGCCUUCAGCGUGGGCAAAGAUGUUUUUGGCAUUGCCCGAAUGAGUCUAAAGGCUGAGACCGUCGAAGCUCUUGUCUGUCUGCGGUCCUGGUACAGACUAGGAAUAAUAGUAGAAAUGGACGUUCAGCCAUUUUUGGAUGAAAACGCUGAUGGGCAAUUUAUGGAGGAAUAUUCUGAUUCUGAAUAA